AUGCCGUCCCAAAAGUCUUUCCGCACCAAGCAGAAGCUUGCAAAGGCUCAGAAGCAGAACCGCCCCAUCCCCCAGUGGAUCCGCCUGAGGACAAACAACACCAUCAGGUACAACGCCAAGAGAAGGCAUUGGCGCAAGACUCGUCUCGGUAUCUAG